AUGCCCAUUGGACCAUCCUUACCACCUCAUCUCGCUCAUCUGGCAGGCGACAUCUCUACAUCCCCUGAACCUCAUACUGAAGGACCUGUACGACCACCACCUGCACCUGUUGGAGAUGAAGAAGAUGAUGACGAUUAUGGACCAGCACUUCCACCACACCUAGCAGCAGCACGUAAAGCGCCCGCUGGACCAGCUGGGCCUAGUCUUCCAGCUGCAGGGCCGUCAUUGCCCUCAGCUGGGGCAGCUGCAGGACCGUCACGUCCUCCAGCAGCAUACGAAGAGGAUAGUGAUGACGAUGAUGUGAUUGGCCCUAUGCCUGUACUUACCAACGGAGAAGAGGAUUCUGCUGGAUCAGCCGUCAGAGAAUUUUUGGAAAGAGAGGAGAGAAGAAGGAAAAUAUUGGAAGAGGAGAGUAGACCGAAAGAGAAGAAGAGGGAAGAAUGGAUGUUGGUCCCUCCAAGUAGUGGAGUAUUGUCUAAUGUCGACCCACUUCGUAAACGACCCUCGACGUUCUCAAAAUCCACUCGAGAGCCCGAAUCGGUAGAUCAUAGUGUCUGGACUGAAACUCCGGCUGAGAAGGCUCAGCGUAUAGCGGAUGAGGUGGCUGGUAUCAAGCGGAAGAAGGAUAAAGCCGGAGAACGGAUCAUGUCGUUCGAUGAAGAGCAGGAAGAAAGGAGGAAGAGGAGAAGAGAGGAGGAUAUCAGGAAUACGUUGCAGGCUCAUAAUCGGGGCCCAUCUCUUCUCGAUCAACACGCAUCCAAACUGUCGAAGAAGAAGAAAGGCGAAGACGAUGAAGCGCCAGCUAUAUGGGACCAUGAUAGAGAUAUGGGGGUGACAGGUCGACUUUUGACCGACAACGAGAGGCAGAAGAAAAUCAAAGAUGCUAGAGGUUUAGGAGAUAGGUUCGGCCAUGGUAAAGCUGGAGCGUACAGUAUGUAA